AUGGCACAAGCGCUCCCCAUCAAGUUCCAGGAGCUAUUGAUGCUCGGCAAUUCUGGCGUCGAUGCUACUGCCAUUGGAUUCAACACAUGCACAUUAGAGUCCGACUCCUUCAUUUGCAUACGAGAGAAGAAGAGCGAAGCCGCCCAGCCCGAAGUUGUCAUUGUCGACCUCAAGAACGGCAACAAUGUCGUCCGACGCCCCAUCAAGGCCGACAGUGCCAUCAUGCACUGGACGAGACAGAUCAUUGCUCUGCGCGCACAGUCUAGAACAUUGCAGAUCUUCGACCUCGAGGCAAAGCAGAAGCUCAAGUCGGCUACAAUGAACGAGGAUGUCGUCUUUUGGAAGUGGAUCAGUGAGAAGGAGCUGGGUCUGGUCACUGAGAACUCCGUCUAUCACUGGGACAUUUUCGAUCCGAACCAGGCUGCUCCUGUGGAGGUCUUCAAGCGAAACCAGAGCAUGAGUGGCAACCAAAUCAUCAACUACCGCAUUAACAGUGACGGCAAGUGGAUGGCUAUUGUCGGCAUCUCCCAGCAACAGGGUCGUGUCGUCGGCGCUCUCCAGCUAUACUCUAAGGACCGCGGCAUCAGUCAAGCUAUUGAAGGUCAUGCUGCUGCGUUUGGCACUCUUAGACUGGAAGGCGCUCCGGCUGACACCAAGGUUUUCACAUUCGCUGUUCGAACCGCUACCGGCGCAAAGCUGCACAUCGUCGAAAUCGAUCACCCGGAAACGAAUCCGGUCUUCCAGAAGAAGGCUGUUGAUAUCUAUUUCCCACCUGAAGCUACCAACGACUUCCCGGUAGCCAUGCAAGUGUCGCAGAAGUACGGUCUCAUCUACAUGGUAACGAAGUAUGGAUUCAUUCACCUGUAUGAUCUUGAGACUGGCUCGACUAUCUUCAUGAACCGCAUUUCCAGCGAGACCAUCUUCACGACAGCCUCCGACUCCGAUUCCACUGGCAUUCUCGGUAUCAAUAGGAAGGGACAGGUUCUUUUCGUGUCUGUGGACGAGAACAACAUGAUCAACUACCUGCUUCAGAACCCCGCCAACACGGAGAUUGCCAUCAAGAUGGCUUCAAGAGCUGGUCUUCCUGGUGCGGAUCAACUUUACGGAAGACAGUUUGAGCAGCUGAUGCAGGCUGGAGACUAUGCCGCCGCCGCCAAGGUUGCUGCCAACUCUCCCCGUGGCUUCCUGCGGACCACAGAGACCAUCAAUAGAUUCAAGAACCUUCCACAGGAGCCUGGCAAGAUGUCAUACAUCCUCCAAUAUUUCGGAAUGUUGUUGGACAAGACGACCCCGCUCAACGAGACCGAGACGCUUGAGCUUGCUAUUCCUGUCCUCGCUCAGGGUCGCAAGCAACUGCUUGAGAAGUGGCUUUCAGAGGGCAAGCUGGACUACUCGGAGAAGCUCGGUGACCAAAUUCGUGCCCACGACAUCAACCUCGCCCUUGCUGUCUACCUCAAGGCAAAUGUUCCUCACAAGGCUGUCGCCGGACUUGCCGAGACUGGCCAGUUUGACAAGAUCCUCCCAUACGUGACCCAAACUGGCUACCAACCAGAUUGGAUCGGUUUAUUGCAACACAUUGUUAGGCAGAAUCCCGAAAAGGGAGCCGAAUUUGCCAGCUCGCUGGCCAACAGCGAAGGUGGCGCACUUGUCGAUAUUGGCCGCGUAGUCGAUGUGUUCCAAUCGCAGGGCAUGAUCCAGCAGGCUACCGCCUUCCUACUUGAUGCACUCAAGGACAACAACCCUGAGCAUGCCGAGCUGCAGACCCGCCUUCUGGAGAUGAACCUCGUCAACGCUCCCCAGGUUGCCGACGCUAUUCUGGGCAAUCAAAUGUUUACCCACUUUGACAAGGCUCGUAUUGCUACGCUCUGCGAACAGGCUGGUCUGUACCAGAAGGCUCUUGAGCUCUACGAAGAUCCCGCUGCUAUCAAGCGUGUCAUAUGCGGAAUUUCGGGUACUCCCAACUUCAACCAAGAGUGGUUGGUCAACUACUUUGGCCAGCUGUCUGUUGAGCAGUCUCUGGAUAACCUGGACGCUAUGAUGAAGUCCAACAUCCGCCAGAACCUUCAGUCCGUUGUGCAAAUCGCCACCAAGUACUCUGAUCUUCUUGGACCGGUCCAUCUCAUCGAUCUGUUUGAGAAGUACAAGACCUUCGAGGGUCUCUUCUACUACCUCGGCAGUGUAGUUAACAUGUCUGAAGAUGCGGAUGUGCACUUCAAAUACAUUGAGGCGGCCACCAAGAUGGGCCAGUUCAACGAGGUGCAGAGAAUCUGCCGAGACAGCCAGCACUACAACCCCGAGAAGGUCAAGAAUUUCCUCAAAGAAGCCCGCCUUCCUGAGCAACUUCCGCUGAUCACUGUCUGCGAUCGAUUCGACAUGGUCCACGACCUGAUCCUCUAUCUGUACCAACAGCAGCAGUUUGAGUCGAUUGAAAAGUAUGUCCAGGGCAUCAACCCCGGCCGAACUCCCCAGGUUGUUGGCGGUCUGCUCGACGUGGACUGCGAUGAAGCACAGAUCAAGAGCCUUUUGGCAUCAGUGAAUCCGGCUUCCAUCCCCAUCGACGCUCUCGUUCAUGAAGUUGAGACAAGAAACCGUCUCAAGCUGUUGCUUCCUUUCCUGGAGGCUACCCUGGCUGCAGGCAACCAGCAGCAGGCGGUCUACAAUGCCUUGGCCAAGAUCUAUAUUGACUCCAACAACAACCCUGAGAAGUUCCUGAAGGAGAACGACCAGUAUGACACCCUCAGUGUUGGUAAAUACUGCGAGAAGCGUGACCCCAACCUCGCUUUCAUUGCCUACCAGAAGGGUCAGAAUGACUUGGAGCUGAUCAAUAUCACCAAUGAAAACUCCAUGUACCGUGCUCAAGCACGUUACCUUUUGGAUCGGUCUGAGCGGGAGCUUUGGACGUUUGUCCUCAGUGAGAACAAUAUUCACCGCCGAUCUGUCAUUGAUCAGGUUGUUGCCACUGCUGUUCCUGAGUGCAAUGAUCCUGCAAAGGUCUCCGAAGCUGUCGCUGCCUUCCUCGCCUGUGAUCUUCCUGGUGAGCUCAUUGAACUGCUUGAGAAGAUCGUGCUGGAGCCUUCUCCUUUCAACGACAACGCCAGUCUGCAGAACUUGCUGAUUUUGACCGCCGCCCGUGCUGACAAGAGCAAGGUCGCCGACUAUAUUCAGCGACUGGACGCUUACGACCCUGACGAGUGUGCUCAGCUGUGUAUCAACGUUGGUCUGUACGAGGAAGCUUUCGAGAUCUUUAAGAAGGCCGGCAACCAGACAGCCGCCGUGGCAGUUCUUGUUGAGCACGUUGUUAGCAUUGACCGUGCCGCAACUUUUGCCGACGAUGUUGAUCUGCCCGAAGUCUGGAGCAAGGUUGCCAAGGCCCAGCUUGACGGUCUGCGAGUUAGCGACUCGAUCGAGUCUUACAUCAAGGCUGGAGAUCCUCGCAACUACGAGGAGGUCAUUGAGGUUGCAACUCAUGCUGGAAAGGAUGAGGACCUCGUCAAAUUCCUUCGCAUGGCUCGCAAGACCCUUCGCGAGCCUCCCAUUGACACCGCUCUUGCCUUCUGCUUUGCUCGGCUUGAUCAGCUGGGUGAGCUCGAGGACUUCCUCCGUGGUACCAACGUUGCCAACGUUGAGGAGUCAGGUGACAAGGCUGCUAGCGAGGGCUACUACCAAGCAGCCAAGAUCUUUUACACCAGCAUCUCGAACUGGGCCAAGCUCGCCACCACCCUUGUUCACCUUGAGGACUACCAGGCUGCUGUUGAGUCUGCCCGCAAGGCCAACAACAUCCGUGUGUGGCGUGAGGUGCACGGCGCUUGCGUUAGCAAGAAGGAGUUCCGUCUUGCCAAGAUUUGUGGUCUCAACCUGAUAGUGGAUGCUGAGCAACUUCAAGCACUUGUCAAGCAAUACGAGGCCGAAGGAUACUUUGAUGAACUCAUUGAGCUUCUCGAGUCCGGUCUUGGUCUGGAGCGUGCCCACAUGGGCAUGUUCACCGAGCUUGGCAUUGCCUUGUCAAAGUACCAUCCUGAGAGGCUCAUGGAGCACAUCAAGCUCUUCUGGAGCAGAAUGAACAUGCCCAAGCUCAUUCGAGCCUGCGAGGAAGCUAACCUCUGGCCCGAGCUGGUCUUCUGUUACUACCACUAUGACGAGUUCGACAAUGCCGCUCUUGCCGUCAUGGAGCGUGCUGAGAACUCGUGGGAGCACCAGCAGUUCAAGGAUAUUGUUGUCAAGGUUGCUAAUCUUGAAAUCUACUACCGAGCAAUCAACUUCUACCUUGAGCAGCACCCUUCGCUUCUGACAGAUCUGCUUCAAGUCCUGACUCCCCGCAUCGAUGUGAACCGGGUCGUCAAGUUGUUCCAGAAGUCCGAUAACUUGCCUCUGAUCAAGCCGUUCCUCCUGAACGUGCAGCACCAGAACAAGCGCACUGUCAAUGAUGCCAUCAAUGACCUGCUCAUCGAAGAAGAGGACUACAAGACGCUGCGUGACUCUGUCGAGAACUACGACAACUACGAUGCUACGGACCUUGUUGGCCGCCUCGAGAAGCAUGAUCUCGUCUUCUUCAGACAAAUUGCAGCUAACAUCUACCGCAAGACAAAGAGAUGGGAGAAGUCCAUUGCUCUCUCCAAGCAGGACAAGCUUUACAAGGAUGCCAUCGAGACUGCAGCCAUCUCCGGCAAGUCGGAGGUGGUCGAGGAGUUGCUCCGAUACUUCGUCGACAUUGGUAGCAAGGAAUGCUAUGUUGGCAUGUUGUAUGCUUGCUACGAUCUUAUUAGACCAGACAUCAUCCUUGAGCUGUCGUGGCGUCACGGACUCCACGAUUUCACUAUGCCCUACAUGAUCAACAUGCUCUCACAGACUACCAAGGAGCUUUCUCUGCUGAAGGCUGACAACGAGGCUCGCAAGACCAAGGAGAAGUCACAAGAGAAGGACGAGGAGCAGACACCAAUUCUUGGUGGAAAUCGCCUCAUGAUUACGGCUGGGCCGACUGGUGCAGCCUCGCCCGCAGGCUUUGGCCAGACCAAUGGCUUUGCGCCCCAGCCUACCGGCUUCGGCUUCUAG